AUGGCGGAGUUCGAUCUCGACGUCGGCGCGGCCAUGAGGCUGUACCACGGCGACGACGGGCUGAUGCCCACGCUCCAGAUCGCGGAUCUACGCGCGCUCCAGAGCAAAGACGGCAACUCCGAUGACUCGAACAAACGAUUCCGCGUGAUGCUCUCCGACGGCCAGCACUACGUCACUGCCAUGCUCAGCUCGCAGCUCAACCCGCUCGUACUCGACGGAAAACUCGAGAAGUUCACGGUCGUCAAGCUCACCGAGUACCUCUGCCAGACGAUCAACAACCGCAAGAUCAUCAUCGCGCUCCAGCUCAACGUCGGGGGCAAACCCUUGGACAUCAUCGGCCAGCCCAUCGCGUGCGAGCAAGCCGCGUCGUCCGGCGACGCGCCCCAACCGCCGAUGGGUGGAAACCAGCCCUCGGCUCCGCGCACCCUGGGAGCGGGUGGCAACUACGGUCAGCCGCAGAACACCUACGGCGGCGCGGGUGGCAACUACGGUCAGCCCCAGCAGACGUUCGGGAACUACGGCAACUACGGCGGCGGCGUCCCGGGCGGGAAUUACGGCGCUCCUCCCGGCGGCGGCCAGCCCCCGGCGGGCCAGCCCGCGCCGUCCUACGGGGGCUACGGCGCCAACCCCAACCAGCAGAACAUCCCGCCGCAGUACUCCAACCGCGGUGCCGUGAUGCGAAACGAAGCUCCGCACAGGAUCACCCCGAUCUCCUCUCUGAACCCGUACAUGAACCGCUGGACGAUCAGGGUGCGGGUCACCAACCAGCCCGCGAUUCGAACCUGGCACAACGCGAGGGGCGACGGUAAGGUUCUCAACGUCGACCUGCUGGACUCCGAAGGCGGCGAGAUCAAGGCUGUGUGCUUCAACGACACCGCGGAGAAGUUCUCACAGGUUUUCCAAGGUGGUCGCGUGUACGACAUCUCCAAGGGGGCCAUCUCCCAGGUCAAGAACAAGAAGUACAGCGGGGGAGCCGAGUUUGAGAUUCGCCUCGACAACACCUCCCUCGUCGACGAGGUCACGGAUCCGCAGGCUGUCGCGAGCAUCAAGAAGAUCCACUACAACUUUCAGAAGAUCGCGUCCAUCGAGGACGCCAUGGUGGGUGGCAUGAUCGACGUCAUCGGCGUCGUGCACACCGUCGGCGACCUCGCCACCAUCAUGAAGCGCGACGGCGGCGAGACGAGCAAGCGCUCAGUGCACAUCCGCGACGACAGCGGCGCAUCCGUGGAGCUCACGAUGUGGGCGCCGCACGCGGUCGACAUCGGCGGCAAGCUCGAGGCCAUGGUCAACGGGGGCGAGCACCCCGUGCUCGCGGUCAAGAACGGCCGCGUGGGUGAGUUUCAGGGCAAGAACAUCGGCACCGUCGGCUCCACCAACAUCGACGUCAAUCCCGACCUCACCGAGGCUGCCAAGCUCAGGCACUGGUACGACGCGGAGGGGGGCGCGACGGCGACGGUGGCCACCCUCGGCGGCGGCGGCGGCGGCGGCGGCAAGGGCGAUCGCUGCGUCUCGAUCGCGCAGCUCAAGGAUGAGAUCGCCCAGAUCGGGGCCAACCCCCCUUUCUGGGUGCAGUGCCGCUGCCACAUCACCUACAUCAAGGCUCCCCAGGACUCGGGCCCUUAUUAUCCCGCGUGUCCGCUCCAGAACGGCGACCGCAUGUGCCAGAAGAAGCUCAGGUUCGACGAGGCCCAGGGCUCCUGGAACUGCGAGCGCCACUCGGGUGAGCACGUUCCCCACUGCGAGUGGCGCUACAUCCUCAACAUGACCGUCUCCGAUCACACCGGUCAGCACUGGGUCUCCGCGUUUGGCGACCAAGGAGACGUCAUCAUGGGCAUGAAGGCUUCCGAGCUGCACCGGCUGUACAACGACAACCACGCCGCGUACGAGCAGGCGCUCCAGAACGCCAACUUCACCUCGCACAUGAUGAAGCUCAAGGUCAAGGAGGACAACUACAACGGCGAGACCAGGCCCAAGACUGAGCUCAGCAGGAUCGAGGUAAUCGACUACGUCGCCGAGUCCAAGAGGAUGCUGGACAAGAUCGCCAAGCUCCACGCGGGUCAGAGCAUCGACGAGCCACGACCUCCCGCUCGCGGAUCCAUGGGCAUGGGCGGCGCCUACGGUGCUAACGCGGGCAUGAACGGCGGCGCUCCUCCCCCGGCGUACGGCGGCGCGGCCGGCGGCUUCGGCGGCCAGGGUUUCAACAACGACGCAGGAUGGAACCAAGGCGGAGGCGGAGCAGGGGGAAACUACAACAACUACGGCGGCGACGCCGGCGGCGGCUGGGGAGGAGGAGGAGGAGGAGGAGGAGGAGGCGGCCAGAGCGGCCAGUGCUUUACUUGCGGUCAGACCGGCCACUGGACCAGGGACUGCCCCAACAAGCAGGGCGGUGGAGGCCAGUACGGCGGCGGCGGCGGCAGGGGCGGCGGUUCCGGUGGAAAAUCUGGAAAAUGUCACAAGUGCGGCCAACUCGGCCACUGGGCCAGGGAUUGUCCGGGAGGCGGCGGCGGCGGCUACGGCGGCGGCGGCGGCUACGGCGGCGGCGGUGGCGGCUACGGGGGAGGAGGAGGUGGUGGCGGAUGGGGCGGCGGCGGCGGGGAAUGGUAAGGGACACGCGCGAGAGGGAAAGAGUUUCGACGUGAUGUGCAGUGUGAGUGUGAUGGAUGGACGUGAGUGAAUUUUGAAUAAAACCGGAGCGAAAUGUUCUCCUUUUU